AUGCAGACCAGGUCUUCGUGGGAGCACGAAGAAGGGGAAGACGGCCAUGGGUGGGACCACGCCGGGUGGAGCUACGACGGACCCACCGGUCCCCAGUACUGGGGCACCCUGACCCCCGACUACGCCCAGUGCAGCUCAGGAGGCCGACAAUCGCCCAUCGAUAUCAUCGAGUUCCGCACUUCGCGAAGAUUCCUGGGGGACUUGAAGUUCACGUACCCGACCAACGCCAGCGGCACGCUCUGGAACAAUGGCCACACCAUCGAAUUCCACAGCGAGACCAACCUGUGGAGCCACAUCUCGGGCGGCCCUCUAUACGAAGAUCAGUACCACAUCGUCUCGAUGCACCUCCACGCCCCGUCCGAACAUCAACUCAACGGCAAGUACUACCCGCUGGAGCUGCACAUCGUGCACCAGGCCCGAGGCACCAUGGACCUGGUGGUGGUGGCCGUCUUCUUCGAGGAGGGUCCCUACUCCGAGUUCCUCGCCGAGUACGAGUACCCCAUCCACGACAUCGAGACCCCGGACGCGCACAGUCCGGUCGGCGGCAUCGACGUGAUGAGCGUGAUACCACGCAACGCAUCCUACUACUAUUAUCGUGGGUCGCUGACGAUACCGGACUGCGACGAGCGGGUGACGUGGCUGGUGCUCUCGCACACGAUGACCGCUCUCCCCGAACAGAUCCAGGAGUUCACCAAGAUCUAUCCUCACAUUAACAGGCCAGUGCAGCCUCUGAACAGCCGCGUGGUGUAUUUCCACGCCGAAGGCGACCCUAGCCUGCUGCCUCCCAAUUUCCAUAUUCCCGCACCGGUGGAGUGUCCGCCGAAUGUUACGAUCACGGUUCCGGAGAGGGAUGACCCGCCAGAACACCACGUCUUGGGCAUCUCGCUCGUCUUCUUCUGCCUCAUUGCCCUCAUGGUCUCCCUUCGAGCAGUGCGCCCGAAGUAG